UGAAAAAGGAAGUAACAUAUAGUGUCCACAGUCUGCGUUUCUAUUAACCCAGAAACAAUGAACCUUCAACUCCUGUUCACUCUUUCCCUGCAAGUGGCAUUAGUUAAAUCCCUCAGGGAAGUCUCUGGGUACCCUGGGGAUACCGUCACCUUGCCCUCAAAAGCUGACCCAUCAUGGAAACUUUCCUCAAUCGUGUGGUCAAUAUUUUCAAACAACACGUGGAUUGCCACUUUUCACAAUGGGAAUGAAAACGUCAAAUGGGUCGAUCGGUAUAAAGGGAGACUCAGCCUCAAAACUUCCUCAGGUGACUUGACGAUCAGUAAUUUGACCACAGAGGAUGAGAGGGAAUACACUGUGGACCUCAUCAAUACUGUGGGACAGCCCAGCGGAGACAAGAUUAAGCUCACAGUGAGACAACGCCUCCAGAUGCCGAUCAUAGAGACUGUCGCCUAUGACUCUGUAAAAGGAGGUUGCUGGUUGGGGCUGCGUUGUUCCUCCGCAGAAAAGGGUGUUGACUUGUCCUGGCAGGGUGAACCUUCCAGCAUGACGGUCUUCAACAUGAGUAAUCCUGAUGGCAACACUGCAGUUCUUUUAGCAUUUCUCAACACCACACAGAACAGUGUCAAAUUUAACUGCACCUCCAGCAAGAAUAUGGAGAAGGCCUCAAGUGUUGUGACACGCAAGUGUGAGGAUAACAAGCCUCAGCCACCUCCUCAGACCAGGGAAAGAAAUGCUGCUCUGUUUUUCUUUGGAGGUGCCUUGGGAGGAGCACUGACAGGGAUUGUAUUAUAUUUUUUUGGAGACCAAAUCAAAGCUAAAGUUGCAUUCCUCAAAGGAAAAAUGUUUCCAACAACAACAGAUGUUGACGUCUAAAGUGAAGAAGUAAGACCGAAGACACCAUAAAAAGAUGUCUACACCAUGUGUGUAGCUUUAGGAUUGUAAUGUGUAAUGAUAAAAAAGACCAGCAUUAAGAAAACUACAUGUUGCACAUUAGAAGAUAUUAUACGAAAGUGAAAGCCGGAACAUAUAACUUAAACAAAUGAAUGAAUUUUGAGAGAAUCUGCAGAGUUUGGACCUAAUAUAAUGAACAGCUGCACAAAAUCCAGAGAACCAACACAGGUGCACCGAAUGAUUCACAACGAUAGUAAUUACAUUGUAUUAUACUGUUGUACAGCUAUUAAUAUAAUGGGGUACUGUGCAUUUUUUGCAUCUCUGGUGCAAAACCAUCACAUCUUGUUUUGAUUUUUUAUGCCUUGUCUACUAGUGUUUCUUCUUUUUUAUCCAGUCACAUACAAAAUACUUUUUAACUGUGUAAGGUGCAAAGAUGCUUAUAUUUUGUAUUGUUAUGAAAAAAGGCAAUAUUUUCUACAUUUACUUUUUGUACUUUUUGUAUUUUAACUAUUGUGUUGUCAAAUGUUUUCUACUAUUUUGCCGGACGUUUUGUAAAUACAUUUAUGUGGAGGUUGUUGGAGGACCUUGUGUUACUGGUAUACUAAUGAAAGGUAGCCUAAGCUGUGCAUGAAUAUCGGUUACGGUUUGCAAACAGCAUAGCCAGAGAAAGAGUUUGGUGCUGUGCCUGCACUUUCCGGUCAAUUAUAUUAAUCAGUCACUCAGUCUGUCUCUUUAUUAUAAUCUGCUUCUUUUGAUACUUCCUAAUUAUAUUGCUUCGUGUUUUUAUACAGUUUGCUUAUUGUUCUGUCCUUUGUUUUUGUACAGUUUACUUACUCUAAAUAUUUGCAUAUUGCUUUGUAUUUUUUUUUCUACUGAUACGUCCUGUUUGCACUAUCCCAUUGCUGCUGUAAUGUUGCAAAUUUCCCCACUGUGGGAUGAAUAAUGCCGUCAAAUGUUGCUUCAUGUCCUGCUGGUUUAUAAAUACAAUUUAAUUUACGUUUUUUAAAAUUCCAUCCAUCUCCUGAGAUUUUGUAGAGUGAAGUUUGUGUAUAAGAGCAGACUGCUGUGAUUUCAUUGAACAGUCACAUAUGAAUUCUUAUAAUUAUCUCUGUAACAGACUAAAUAUUCUUAAAGAAUUCCAGAGAACGGACCCCUGCAGCGGCUGCAGCUCAGCACUCCUUCUCUUCUUCUCUGCGCUCUUUACGCACAGCGUGUGCAGCACCAAAGCCCAUAUCAGAUUUGUUUAACCCUUAGAUGCAUAAGUGGGGUCAAAAAUGACCCCAGGGGUUGUUUUUCUUCAAUAUCUAUGGAAUUAAAAGUUUUUAUCAUUUCAUAUUCCAGGUAUAAAACAUGUUUUUGACAUGAGGCCAUUUGCAUUAAAAACAAAAAAUGUA